AUGUCUUCAAUCAUCUGGCCAAAACAAUUCCUACCCGGCACUACAGAUAACUUUGUCUCCAAUGAAAUCUACAUCACCAACCUGACUGCACAAGAAGUCUGGCCGAAUCUCGUGGAUAUCACACGAUGGGAGUCCUACUACGACAAUGUAGCCCAGAUAACCCCACCAUCAUCUGGCCCAUUGCUCAAAACAAAAGGAGAAAAUUUCAGCUUCUCAACAUUUGGGUUCCCAGCUCUUCAGUCUGAAGUGUGUGAGUCUGUUGCUCCUACCUCGACAUCGCCAGGUCGAUUAGCUUGGCGUGCAUGGCAAGAUGGAGAUUCUGACACGGCUCUUAAUGUUUACCAUGCAUGGAUCAUUGAGGAUGUGGAGUGGGGUGUUGUUCGAAUCUUGACUCAGGAGUCGCAGAUUGGGAAACCUGCUGCUCAGCUGGCGACAGCUAAGCCGAAUCCUAUGUUACUGGGUCAUCAGAAUUGGGUUGAAGGACUGGCUAAGAUUAGCCAAAGGAAAUGA